CCCCCCUUCCCCUUCCCCUCCCCCCGACGAAGUCUUACCUUCAUAUUCACUUUACUUUCGUCACUUACAUACGAGCGAACCAGGCAGGCACGCAAACCAAACCAAAGCACGCAGGCAUGCACUCAACAGGAAACAUUACUCCAUCCCUCGCCCGCCCCUAUUGACCGAAGCCAAAAAAAACCACUUAAACUACUCGACAAGACGGCUCCCCCGUCCGCCGCCUGGAUGAAUGACUGAACGUUAACGUUGGGACCCGAAGCUCAAGACAAUGCUCACCACCGCACCGCAACGCCCCACAUCCAGUCGAAAGAAACCAUGCCAACGGCCUCCACCCACCUUGCGAUACAGACUACUCUCUUCAUCCUCGCCGCGCUCUUCCACAUCGCUCGCUCCCUCCUCGAUCUUCUCCCCGGCCGCCGGCGGGUCGUCUCUCGCGCCAGCACCUUCUGGGCCACCAUCGGCCUGUUCUUUUACGCCGCCACCUUCGCGCUCGGUCGAUACAGGGAUGAAUCCUCUGGCGCGGUGAUAUCCGCCGGGUUCAUGGCGCCCGCCGCUUUGUGGGCGUUCAAGGUCUCGGUCACCAGUCUGUACCCGCAACUCGGCCUGCGACUGUUGGUCGUGGGCGUGCUCGGAGUGUACCUUGCCGCCUCCUUCUUGUCGGCGGUGUUGAUCCAGCUAUUUGUUUGCCGGCCGUGGCGGGAAUGGGAUGAUGAAUACUGCGGCGACACCGCGGAGGUGGCCGCGUACUCGGCGCUAAACGUGAGCAGCUACAUCAUCGUCAUGGCGAUUCCAGUGUUCAUAUGGCGCACGUUGACGCAGAAACGGCCUGUGGCCAUGCUGCUCGUAUUAUCGUCGGGGGUAGUGAUUAUCAGCAUCAUCCACGCUGUCAUCACACUAGAGAUCGUCUCCCCCGCGAACGCGAAACUUCUCCCCGAAAUCCUGGUCGACACGGAGCUUGCCCUCGCCCUGAUCCUUACUACCAUCCCGUCGCUAUACCUCCACAUCCGCUAUCGCAAGACACCGCCGCCCACCACCGCCGUCGGAACAACCGACCUGGAGGCGGAACUGCCACCACUGCCCGUCUCGCCCGGCGAGGAGCGGGAACUCGUUACGCUAGGGCUCGGCUUCGAUCCAAGGCAUCUCGGUGUUCUGCCGGAUUCCAUUCACGAGGGGAGCUUUAGGAGUAGUGGGGAAUCGACAGAUGCCAGUCGCGACGCAUUCAGGACGGAUAUCGUCGCAGGGUAUGCAGUGCGGAAACAUAAUGAGGUGCAGAGCCGUGAGGAGGUUUGGGAGGGGGAUGGGAAUAUGCCCGCGUCCCCGAGAUCUAUGGGUGGCAGUUAGAUAGAUAUUAGAUUACCUUGUACAUAUUUGGUCUUUUGCGUUGCAUUGGAGUUCGGGGUGGGCUAUUUGUUUUAUGGGUUAUGGGAGGCUCGGUUGAAUCGCGUUAUAUUUGUAGAUCACUUACUUCUCACUCGUCCUGUCGACCUUGUUCUCAGAAAUCUUGACCGCCCGCAAAGUGGAAGGACCACAGCCAUUGCGGAACCAGGCCGCUGCCGUCCUCUCGCUCGCGUAUCUGAAUCAUGGCAUCGCAUAGGCCAAGUGGAAGGAAUCCAAGCCAAGGCCCGGACAGACGCGAAAGUCACCAUGGAAAAGUACCGACACAGCCGGAAAGACAGCC